AUGUCCCCAACACUAUUUAUUAUAUAUCUGGAAGAACUGAUAACAAGAAUCAGAGUGAGCGGCAGAGGUGUGGAUAUUGGAGGUAGCAGACUAGGGUGUCUGGCAUAUGCCGAUGACGUGGUGCUAACGGCGGACAGGAAAGAAGUCAUGGAGGAACUAUUGAAGAUUACUGCACAGUUUGGAAAAGAGUGUCAGCUAAGAUUCAGUGCAAGAAAGUGUAAAGUGAUAGAGAUUAAUGAUAACCAGGACAAUCAGUGGGUAAUGAGAAACUAUAUACCAGAAGUGGUGGAAAAGUAUACUUACAUAGGACUGGAGAUCAGUAAUGAAGGCAUACGUAGAGAAAGACAAAAGAAAAUAAAUGAAGGCAAGGAAAGGAGAGCUGCAGGGAUGAUCUUUAAUGGGGAAAACAGAGUAAUUAAUAAAUAUGAGGUGGGCAAGAGUCUGUAG